CUCAUCCACAGUGGAGUUAAAGCGUACAGCUGUGAGUUUUGUGGAAAGUCUUUUACCGAGGCUGGACACUUAAAAAAACACCAACUCAUCCACAGUGGAGUUAAACCUUAUAGCUGUGAGUUGUGUGGAAAGUCUUUUACCCAGGCUGGACACUUAAAAACACACCAACUCAUCCACAGUGGAGUUAAACCUUACAGCUGUGACUUGUGUGGAAAGUCUUUUACCCUGGCUGGAACCUUAAAAAAACACCGACUCAUCCACAGUGGAUUUAAACCUUACAGCUGUGAGUUGUGUGGAAAGUCUUUUACCCAGGCUGGACACUUAAAAACACACCAACUCAUCCACAGUGGAGUUAAACCGUAUAGCUGUGAUUUGUGUGGAAAGUCUUUUACCCAGGCUGGAGACUUAAAAAAACACCAACUCAUCCACAGUGGAGUUAAACCGUAUAGCUGUGACUUGUGUGGAAAGUCUUUUACCGAGGCUGGAUACUUAAAAAAACACCAACUCAUCCACAGUGGAGUUAAACCUUAUAGCUGUGAGUUGUGUGGAAAGUCUUUUACCCAGGCUGGAAACUUAAAAACACACCAACUCAUCCACAGUGGAGUUAAACCUUACAGCUGUGACUUGUGUGGAAAGUCUUUUACCCUGGCUGGAACCUUAAAAAAACACCAACUCAUCCACAGUGGAGUUAAACCGUAUAGCUGUGACUUGUGUGGAAAGUCUUUUACCGAGGCUGGAUACUUAAAAAAACACCAACUCAUCCACAGUGGAGUUAAACCUUAUAGCUGUGAGUUGUGUGGAAAGUCUUUUACCCAGGCUGGAAACUUAAAAACACACCAACUCAUCCACAGUGGAUUUAAAGCUUACAGCUUUUCCUGCUGUAAUCAGUGUGGGAAAAUGUUUACCACAGAUACACAGUUAAAACGACACAUGUUUAGCCACACUAAGGAGAGACCUUACAAAUGUGACCUGUGUGAGAAGACCUUUAAAUCUCCACAUCACCUGAGAAACCACCGACAGAUCCACACCAGAAAGUAACUCUACAAGUGCAGUUACUGUGAGAAGUGGAGCAAAGCACAUGGAUCCAUUUCUCAACCCUGUCGUCACUGUGGUGGUGGGAAAGAGUUUCUCUGUGACCUUUGAGAAAAACCUCCAAUCAUGAACAGGACCUAAAACCACAUCAACGUAGACACACUGGAGACAAAAUGAACUACUGCAAAGAAUGUGGGAGAGGCUUCCACACACCAAGUACAUUAAAAAUACAUGACCUCUUCCACAGUGGGGUCAAAAAGCACAUCUGUGACCAGUGUGGGUCAUCCUUCACCACUGCACGUGAGCUUAAAGAACAAGCAUAAGGGAAUCCACACAGGAGACACACCAUACAAGUGCAGACACUGUGACAAAAGCUUCUCACAAUCAGGUCAUUGUAACAAACAUAAGUGUACACACAUGGAAGUGAACUUCAGCUGUGACCAGUGUGACAAGAGCUUCAGGAAUCUCAGUUCAUACUCCGAACACAAACGAUCCCACACUGUAAAUUAACUGUUUCACUGUUACCAAUGUGCAA